AUGAACAGCACUCCCAACAAAAAGCGCACCGCCGAUGGCGCCAGCGUCCAGUCGCCCGCUCUCAAGCGACGCAAAGCCUCCACCAUGUCCAUCUCGUCCAUCCCCGGAUCAACCCAUCCGCUUCGCCAAACCUCGUUCCCCCCGCCAGACGACCUUGCUGGUGCGCGAUCCCCUUCGGUCGAUUUUGACGCCAUGAGCCACGUUUCGGGCAGUCAAGUCAGCAUGAGCGUCACCGGCCCCCCCAAGAAGAAGCGCGGCCGCAAGUCAAAGGCCGAUAAGGCACGCGAACGAACUCCCUCGGUAGUUGGCGGAACCGCCAAAUCAACUGCUGGCCCUGGCGGCAGUGUGGUGUCCGGUGCCGGCGGAAAGAGCACUGCACCCGGCGCCGCGGGGGGUGCAGGUGAGGAUGGAGACGGCGACGAGGAGGGGGACACAGAGGUGGCCGCUACUGGCGCUGCCCUGACCAAAGAACAAAAGGAGGAGGAACAUAGACAGAGGGGUAUGUUGAUCGGCGCCUUCAAUGACGAACAAUUUGACAGAUUCGAAAAUUGGCGAGCCGCCAACUUGAGUAAGGCUGCCGUGAGGAGACUUGUCAAUGCUACCAUCUCGCAGUCCGUAGCAGAGAACGUUGUGAUCGGCAUGCGUGCUGUGGCCAAGGUCUUUAUCGGCGACAUCAUCGAGAGUGCCCGCAGGGUGCAAGGGGAGUGGAUUGACAAGACGGGGGAGAAGCAGACGGAUUUACCCACGCCGCCUGCCACGGCUGUUCCAUCACCGGCCACUACCGGAGAAGGCAGCAGUGUGCCUCAUUCUGGACAGCUGGGGCUUGCCGACAACACGGCCAGCAACACAGUCGCACCUGUCGAGGAGAGGCGUGGUCCCCUAAGACCAGAGCACAUCAGGGAAGCCAUGCGUCGCUACAAGACAGGCUUGGAAGGCGGCGGAGUGGGUAUGCAGCAGAUUUGGCAUCAGCAACAGCAAAGCGGCGUUGAACGAUUUCCCACGAGGACAGGAGGGAGGCAGAUCUUUCGUUAG